AUGAUGAUGAAUUUUAUUUUAGAUUGCAGUAUACCAAAAAAUUUUGAAAUCAUAACAAAGGAUAAUAAUAAAACACUCAUAUAUGAUGCCGACAUUAAUGUAAAAUAUUACCAAGAAGAUUUAUCGAUGUGCAAUAUUCAUCAACUUAAAAUUGUUCAUAUUUUUAUACCUAAUAUGGCAAUAAGUUUUUCAGGAUAUAUAGUAGUGGGGAAUCAAGAACGACGUAAUGAAACUCAAAAAACAUUCAAAAUUUAUAAUUUUGAAAUAGCAGGUUCUACGCAAGUAAUACAAAGUAAUUGUGAGGAUACGAAAUUAUCACAUUGCAGUUUAAAUUUAUUAAAAAAAAAUACUGACGAUCGUUCAAUUCUAAUGAAUCAAAUAGAAUAUGAAAUUAUUCAUAGAAUGUCCACGUGUAUAAAAUCAUCGAUUUGCCGAAAAUUAGGUAUUAUUAUAUCUGAUGAAAUUAAAACAGUAUGGAGUCAGUAUAAAAAUGGAGAUGUUGAUAAUAAUUAUUUGAAAUUAAUAGGCCAUUCUUUAGAUGCUAUUUCAAAUAUGAAUACAAAUAAUGCAAUGUGCUUAAUACCUAGUUAUAAAAAUAAUUUCACUAGUGAAAAUUUAAAUGAAUAUGAGGCACAUUCUUUUAUGGAUAUAAUCGUAGAUGAGACAAUAAAUCAAAUUAUACAAAUUUCUCGGAAAGAGAAUAAUGGAAUAGUAAAUAUUCCUAAUAUAGACGAACGCUUUUCAACCGGAGUGUCCAUUUUUAAAGUUUGCGGUGAAUUCAAUGCUUUUAAUGGUAUAUUUAAAGAUCUGACUACUUUAUCAAGAGAAGGAUAUGUUACUGUAAGAAGUGAGGGUUUAAAACGGUUUGCAUCGUGUGGAUUCGGACUGUCGACAGCAUACUUUCAAUACAAUAAUUAUGUGUUAAAAUACGGCCGUAUUAAAAUGAAUGGCAAUAUAUCAGCAAAUAUCAAUGGCGUAGCAGUGAACGUAUCUCUUCUAGCUGAUUUCGAUCAAAAACCUUGCCGUCUUUCCUUAAAUAAUCUACAAAUAACUAAAUUUGGUUCCAUCGUAAUAAAAAUAACAGGCGGCGGAGGGCUAAAUCCUCUCCUGUCAAAAUUGGCAUCUGUCAUCUCGAACAAAUGGCAUAAUGAAAUCAUCAAAAAAAUUGAACAAAAGAUACGAGAUCUUACUUUACAAAAAAUAAGCACAAUAGAUUGCGAAAAGUAUCGAAAAUUUAUUUCCAAGUAAUAACUCGUCCAUUGUCUCAACCAUGUAAUUUGACUAAAUUGUAUAUUUCAUUUAAAU